AUGGCCGGGGCACAGCCUGGAGUUCACGCGCUGCAGCUCAAGCCCGUGUCCGUGCCCGAGAGCUUGAGAAAGGGCAACAAAUUCAUGAAAUGGGAUGAUGAUUCCACGUCCCCUACUCCAGUGACUCUCAAGGUUGACCCUCAGGGCUACUUCUUGUACUGGACUGAUCAAAAUAAGCAGAAGCCCUCAGCCCCAUCCCCCAGCUACAGCCCAGAGCCCAGCUUCAAAUCCAGCCCCAGUCCAAGUCCAGCUCACCUCAUCAUGAAUCAGCCCUCCUGUGCUGCCCGCUCCACUGAAUUCAAGAGGCCAGAAAAGGAGAAGUAUGAAGCCACUCAGGACGCCAAGCUGAGGGAGCUGCUGGAGGUGAGCACCAAGGUGGGGAAGCUGGAGAAUGGGAUGGUGACGGUGGUGAGCGGACCAGACAUGGUCAACAUCACCUACCUCAACUUCAUGGCCUUCCAGGAGGACAUCGCCAAGGAGUGGGCGGAAGAGCUGUUCAGCCUGUCGUCUAACCUGCUGGCUCAGAACAUGUCAAGAGAAGCCAGCCUGGAGAAAGUGUACGCUCGGCUCAAACUGCAGCUAACCUCAGAGGGAUGCAUCCCUGUCAAGAAUAUCUUCCGGAUGUUCUCGGCCGACAGGAAGCGUGUGGAGACGGCCCUGGAAUACUGCAGCCUCCCUUCUGGCAGGAACGACUCCUUCCCCCAGGAGGACUUCACUCCAGAGGUGUACAAGGUGUUCCUCAGCAGUAUCUGCCCCAGACCAGAGGUGGACCACAUCUUCUCUGAAGUUGGGGCUAAGAGUCGUCCCUACCUGACGGUUGAUCAGAUGACAGACUUCAUCAACAACAAGCAGCGAGACCCCCGCCUCAACGAGAUCCUGUACCCCCCCCUCAAGGCUGAGCAGGUUCAGAUCCUGGUGGACAAGUACGAGCCCAACGUCUCGCUCGUUCAGAAAGGUCAGAUCUCGGUGGAAGGUUUCGCCAGGUAUCUGAGUGGAGAGGAGAACUCCAUCAUUCCUCCAGAGAAGCUGGACCAGAGUGAAGACAUGACCCUGCCUCUGUCCCAGUACUUCAUCAACUCCUCACACAACACGUACCUCACAGCUGGUCAGCUGGCAGGUAACUCCUCGGUGGAGAUGUACAGACAGGUCCUCCUGUCUGGCUGUCGCUGUGUGGAGCUGGACUGCUGGAAGGGUCGCACCACAGAAGAAGAGCCCGUCAUCACCCACGGCUUCACCAUGACGACCGAGAUCUCCUUCAAGGAAGUGAUUGAGGCCAUAGCAGAGUGUGCCUUCAAGACCUCACCCUUCCCUGUCAUCCUGUCAUUUGAGAACCACGUAGACUCCCCCAAGCAGCAGGCUAAGAUGGCAGAGUACUGCAGGUCAAUAUUUGGAGAUGCGCUACUGACAGACCCUCUGGAGAAAUAUCUUCUGGAGCCGGGUGUCCCUCUGCCCAGUCCCAUGGAUCUUCUGGGGAAGAUCCUGGUGAAGAACAAGAAGAAGCACCACACCGCUGAGGGGGGCAGCAAGAAGAGGCUGUCUGAGCAGGUGUCCAACACCUACAGCGACUCCUCCAGCGUGUGUGAGCCCUCCUCCCCCAGCGCAGGCUCCACCAAUCAUGAGAUGGCAGAGUCUUACCAGCCUCCAGAUGGUGCUGAGCUCAGCCUCAGACCACACGGCAGGAAGUCCAUUGGAGAGGUGGAGGCCGAGAGUGAGGAUGAGGAUGACGAUGAUGAUGACUGUAAAAAGGGCUCCAUGGAUGAUGGGAUGGUAGGCAGGGAGGCAUUUGCCACUGAGGAGAUGUCUAAUCUGGUCAGCUACAUCCAGCCUGUCAAGUUCAACUCCUUCGAAGCUUCCAAACAGAUGAAUCGCAGCUAUCAGAUGUCCUCCUUCGUGGAGACCAAGGCUCUGGAGCAGCUCACCAAGUCACCAGUGGAGUUUGUCGAAUACAACAAACAGCAGCUGAGCAGGAUCUACCCCAAGGGCACCAGAGUGGACUCUUCCAACUACAACCCGCAGGUGUUCUGGAACGCCGGCUGCCAGCUCGUGGCUCUCAACUUCCAGACGAUAGACCUGUCCAUGCAGCUCAACCUGGGCAUGUAUGAGUACAACGGGAAGUGUGGCUACAGGCUGAAGCCCGAGUUCAUGAGACGGCCAGACAAGCACUUCGACCCCUUCACCGAGAGUACCGUGGACGGGAUCGUAGCUAACACACUGUCCGUCAAGAUCAUAUCAGGCCAGUUCCUGACUGACAAGAAGGUUGGCACGUACGUAGAGAUUGACAUGUUCGGCCUGCCAGUGGACACCCGGAGGAAGGGCUUUAAGACCAAGACGUCUCAGGGCAACGCCAUCAACCCUGUCUGGGAGGAAGAGGCUAUCGUCUUCAAGAAGGUGGUUCUACCCACUCUGGCGUCGUUGAGGAUAGCUGUGUUUGAGGAAGGAGGGAAGUUCAUUGGCCAUCGUAUCAUUCCUGUUUCUGCCAUACGUCCAGGUUAUCACUACCUCGGUCUGAGGAAUGAGAAGAACCAGACGCUCACCCUGCCUGCUCUGUUUGUCUACCUGGAGGUGAAGGACUACGUCCCAGAUACCUUUGCAGAUGUGAUCGAGGCUCUGUCCAAUCCCAUCCGCUAUGUCAACCUGAUGGAGCAGAGGGCCAAUCAGCUCGCUGCUCUCACCCUCGAGGAGGGAGCAGAGGAGGAGGACUCUAAAGAGGUUGAUGCGGGGGGCGAAGCCCCCUCGGAGCCUAGUGUGGACCCCCCAAGACUCAGCCAGACCCCCAACGGCCAGAGCCACACCCCCAUCAUCACCCCCAAACCCCCCUCUCUGGUCAGCCACCAGGCUCAGCCCACAGGGCCGGUGAAGUCAGCCGCCAAGACGGAGGACAUCAUCCAGAGCGUCCUCACAGACGUGGAUGCCCAGACGGCGGAGGAGCUGAAGCAGCAGAAGGCCUUCGUCAGGGAGCAGAGGAAGCAGUACAAGGAGAUGAAAGAGCUGGUGCGGAAGCACCACCGCAAGACAAGCGAGCUCAUCAAGGAGCAUACGGCUCGCAUGGCCGAGCUGCAGAACCAGCACCAGCGCAAGCGCUCAGCCAUGCAGAAGAGCCUCAAACGAGACGGUAAGAAAAGCAGGUCGGAGCACUCCCUCUCUGCUCUGGAUCAGGAUCUGCAGGAUCUGGAGCAGGAGAGCGUCCAGAGGCUCUCAGAGCUGAAGGAUCAGCAGCAACAGCAGCUGCUCACCCUCAGACAGGAGCAGUACUACAGCGAGAAGUACCAGAAACGAGAGCACAUCAAGCAGCUGGUGGAGAAGUUGACCACCAUAGCAGAGGAGUGUCAGAGUGCCCAGCUGAAGAAGCUCAAAGAUAUCUGUGACAAAGAGAAGAAAGACAUAAAGAAGAAGAUGGACAAGAAGAGACAGGAGAAGAUAAAUGAAGCGAAAUCUAAGGAUAAGAACGUGACUGAGGAGGAGAAGCUGGAGAUCAACAGGUCGUUUGUCAAUGAGGUGGUGCAGUACAUCAAACGGCUGGAGGAGGCUCAGACUAAGAGGCAGGAGAGACUUCUGGAGAAGCACAAGGACGUCCGACAGCAGAUCCUGGAUGAGAAGCCCAAGCUGCAGAGCGAGCUGGACCAGGAGUACCAGGACAAGUUCCGUCGGUUGCCCGUGGAAAUCCAGGAGUUUGUGCAAGACAGCAGCAAGACCAAGCUUAGUGACGACAGUCCCCAAAGCAACAUCCCCGUCUCCUCAACAACCGAGAGGCUUAACCACAAGGCAUCCCAGUCAGAGGAUGACACAGAGGACGGUUCCUCAGAAAGGGUCUAUGACACGCCCCUUUAGAGACUAAGCCCCUCCCUUUCAUCCUAACUGGGCCAAUUUGAUUGGUGGUUCUGGAUUGGAGUAGGUUCUGCCUCCAACCACAGUCAGACUGGCCCCUUUAUCCAGUCAUUCCCUUAACCAAUAGGAGGAUGUAAACAUGGGAUCGUGUCUGGGUGAGUAGAGGUGACCAGCUCCUACUCUGCAGUUCUGCCCAGACAAUGUAAAUACUUGUUUUGUAUUUGUAUGUCAUGAUGUUCAAACUCCAGAUGGGUUCAGAUUAUUUGUUAUGAUCCACAUGAUCUGUAUGUGUAACUAGGCGCUAACUAUGCGAGGAAGUUACUUACUUGAACUACUGCACAGAGAGAGUACUUUGUUUUUUAUGGUUUUAACCCGUACAAUGUCGAUUGUAGUAUAGGUCAGUCAGUGGUGCCAAUUCUGGAGUUUUAGUGUGCACUUAGCGUCAAUAUUAUUGUAAUAUAGAAACAUUGAGUUAUAUUGCUCAUCGUUAUGACCCAGGGGAUGUUGAAGUUGUUGCAGUUUAUUGAGUAUGCAACGCAACCUAAUGGCAUUGCAAGUCCCUCAUAAAGGUCACUUAUCAUCCAACCAUGACAGGCCCAGCUUACGUAAAAUGGUCAUAUUCUUCCCAUCUAUUUGCACUGAAGGAUUUCUACAUGAUUACCAGAACGAACUUCUGUACUCCUUCCCACAAGCACUGGUGGCUUGCUGGGUUUUCAUCUGUCCUUUCAGAUUUAGGCCUGUGGGUUGCUGCUAUACUUUGUUUUAGUAGCGUUUUUACUAUGAUUCGCUUCCUAAGAUACUGGCAUGGUCAAGUUACAUGUAGUUUAUCUUUGUACAUUUUUAUUUUUUUUAAACAUGUUGAUGAUGAGAUUGUUUAUGAACAAUCCUGUCAAAUGGCGAAGGUGGUUUUCUGCAUGAUGUUGAACAAUUGUACGUUACUGUCGCCUGGUAGCAGAAGAUUGCUUUCUUGUCAAUCUACUUCUUGUACAGCACCUCUUAAAAAGACCCUCAUCUAUCUUUAACAGUAACCUGCCAUAUCUGCACGACAGGCCCAACGUUACGUCCUAUGUACAGUACUAUAGUGAUGAACUAAAAACAGAUAUUAUACACACACUAUGUUGGAAUGAUGAACAGGAAUCACUGCCUCGCAACAUAGACACUGACUAUAGAAAAUGAAAACACACACACAUAGAAAUAAACGACUUC